AUGGAUUCGGAAACAUAUCAUCUCAUCUGGCACAUCGCGUACAUUGCCAUCAUGAUCCCGAUCGUAAUCGGCAACGGGUUGAUUCUGAUCAGCAUCGCUCGGUUUCCACGCCUGAGGACAAACAUGCAUCUGCUGAUCGGGAACCUGGCCGUGUCGGACCUGAUCGUGGGCGCCCUUCUAAUCCCUUACAGCUUAAUCACCAGGGAGUACGUUAACCGGAACAUGUACAUCUGCUUCGGGAAGCUCUGUCUGUUUGUUUUCAGUCUUGGGUCCUCCUGCUACAACCUUAUGCUCAUAUCCCUAGAGCGGUUCGUCUCCAUCACGUUUCCCUUACACUGUAAGACUUACAUGACGUUGCCGCGGUUGGGUGCAUUGAUUGCGUUCGGGUGGGCGAUAACGUUGUUUAACGGAACGUUACCAAUGUACGGCUGGCAUAUAUACAGUGAAAACAACACACAGUGCGUCAGUGACACCUUGUGGACUCAGGCAUACAAACACAUGGUUAACUGGGAACUAAUUGUAUCGUUACUUAUAAAUUUCGCGUUGUAUUCUAUGGUUGCUAGGAUAGCGCUUAGGAAGGCCUGCGAUCGGACACAGAUCAAAGCGGGACUGACCGUCCACGCAAAAUAUGACCGUGACGUUCACCAGAUAUUGACGCUUGUCAUAGUUCUUGGUUUGUUUGCCAUUUGCUGGCUGCCGUACGCAGCUGUUGUCGUCAUUGUGACGUUCCAUGAGACGCCGACGUGGCAGUACGUCAGACGGUGUACGUUAAUUCCAGGUAUCAUCAAUUCCGCUGUGAACUGGGUAGUAUAUGGAUUUCGAAAUGAAGAUUUUAGAAAAGCGUUUAAAUCAAUACUGUCGUUCAAAAGAAACUCAGAAACAUCAGUUUCGUCCAGCCAGACGGCAUAA